AUCUGAGUGACUAGCAAUUUUGUGACGAGAUACGAAAACAUGAGUUAGAAACAGUUUCAAGUAGCUUGCAGUUUUUGACAGUCGCCUUUUUUGGAGGGGUGGAGGCUUGACUAUUACCCACUAAUGAUUUAUAGGAAGUCGUACCUUUGGUCUUAAUCGGUGCUUCAUUAACCACAUCUAGUACCUAAUAUUUAUAUGUAGACACAUGACAGUCAUACGUUUCCAGGGUAUACACAGGCUGCGAUCGACUGUCACGCGAGUGGUUAUGGAGAAGCCAUGCAUAUUAACCAAGACACUUGGAGCUCCUGGAAGCAUCUAUAAGUGUUUUGAACCUUGCAUCGACAAACACUUCACUAUAAUCCCAUACGAGAGGUUUGUACAGAGGAAAGAGGACUUCGCUGCCAAAAUCCAGGCAGUGUUUUCGUGGGGUCCCAAUAUUAAUGUUGACCGAGACCUGUUACAGUCUUUGCCGAACCUCAAAGCUGUCAUUAAUGGAGGGGUAGGAGUGGACCACCUUGAUAUUCCUCUCAUCAAUAGCUUUGGUGUUAAAGUGUCCAACACUCCUCAUGUAGUGGAUAAUGCUACUGCUGAUAUUGGCAUGAGUCUGAUGUUGGCAUCUGCCAGGAAGAUUAUUGAGGGGCAACAUUUUUCCAAAUUUCGGGAGUCUGAUGAUUUUCCAGAGUCCACUAUGGGCACUGAUGUUAGCGGGGCCACUCUGGGCAUCAUCGGCAUGGGGAGAAUUGGGUACAAAAUAGCCAAGAGGGCUCAAGGGUUUGACAUGAAGAUUCUUUAUCACAAUAGAAAUCGAAGGCCUGAGAAUGAAGAGAGAGCAGUUGGCGCCACAUAUUGUGCAAGCAUGACUGAGCUACUCCAGAGGUCAGACUUUGUCAUGGUGGUGGUCAAUCUGUCCCCACAGACGCACAAACUGAUCAGUGCCAAAGAGUUUGCCAUGAUGAGACCCAAUAGCACCUUUAUCAACAUCAGCAGAGGUCUAGUAGUGGACCAAGAUGCUUUAGUGGACGCUCUCCUGAAGAAAAUGAUCCGAGCCGCUGCUUUAGAUGUCACUUAUCCUGAACCACUGCCCCGGGAUCACCCCCUGCUGUCCUUCCCAAAUGUCAUCGUCAUGCCUCAUAUAGGAACACACACGUUGGAGACGUCUCAGCUCAUGGUGGAGAGGAUGGUGACCAAUGCUUUGGCCAUUCUAAACGAAGGCCAACUUCCUGAUGAAGUCAAGGCAUAGAGCCAGCUCACACAGCCAUCUGGCCCUCCUGUUUUAAACCAGCAAAACAACAAAACUACUCCAACAGAAACGGCAGUCAUUGCAUUUUAAAGACAGAUAGUGUAAUCAGCAGUAAGCGUGAUUAUGUUUUGUGAUUUUAAGUGUUAUAUACACAACAUUAAAGAUUGUGUUUGAAUAAAGAGCUUAUUAAAAGUUCAUGUAUUUGUGUCCAAAAAAUAUCUCCCAUAAUUGUAAUCAUAAAAAAAUAUCAAAACACUCGCUAGGGUUGGUUUUCAAUGAAUGUUGGUCAAUUAUGGUCUAAUUAACCCAAGGGAUGGUUUUGUCAAUAUUUUACCCACAGAAUAUAUUUUUAGAAUUUGUAAGAAUUAUUCAAAAAUAAAUUUCACAAUACUGAAAAA